UCCUGGGUCCCCCUGCUGGAGAGGCCUUGGCUGCUGAUGUUGAUGCAGGAAGGAGGAAAAUGCAUUGAGUCUUCACUGGGCCUGCAGGGCAUCAGAGAAAACACCAGCAAGAUGGAUGGCCCCAGCAAUGUCUCACUGGUGCAUGGUGAUACCUCUCUGGGCCUGCCAGAGUACAAGGUGGUCUCAGUCUUCCUAGUGCUCCUGGUGUGCACCACAGGCAUUGUAGGCAAUGUCAUGGUGGUCCUGGUGGUGCUGACCUCACGAGACAUGCACACACCCACCAACUGCUACCUGGUCAGCUUAGCUCUAGCUGACUUAAUUGUGCUGGUGGCUGCGGGGCUGCCCAAUGUCUCUGACAGCCUGGUGGGGCACUGGAUCUAUGGACAUGCUGGCUGCUUGGGCAUCACCUACUUCCAGUAUCUAGGCAUCAAUGUCUCCUCCUGCUCCAUCCUGGCAUUUACAGUGGAGAGGUACAUCGCCAUUUGCCACCCGAUGAAAGCACAGACUGUGUGCACUGUGGCCCGGGCUAAACGGAUCAUCACAGGCAUUUGGGGGGUCACAUCCCUCUAUUGCCUACUCUGGUUCUUCUUGGUGGACCUCAAUGUCCAUGACAAUCAGCGCCUGGAAUGCGGCUACAAGGUGUCCCGAGGCCUCUACCUGCCUAUCUACCUGCUGGACUUCACCAUCUUCUUCAUCGCGCCCUUGCUGGUGACCAUGGUGCUCUAUGGGUUCAUUGGAAGGAUUUUAUUUCAGAGCCCAUUGUCUCAGGAGGCCUGGCAGAAGGAGAGACAACCCAAUGGGCAGGGCGAGGGUGCACCAGGUAGCUGCUCUAGGUCCAAGGGCUCCAUGUCCUCCAGGAAGCAGGCCACCAGGAUGCUGGCAGUGGUUGUGUUUCUUUUUGCAGUGCUGUGGACCCCCUACCGCACACUGGUGUUGCUCAACUCUUUCUUGGCCCAGCCUUUCCUGGACCCCUGGGUCCUGCUGUUCUGCCGUACCUGUGUCUACACCAACAGUGCCAUCAACCCUGUCAUCUACAGCCUUAUGUCCCAGAAGUUCCGGGCAGCCUUCCUGAAGCUGUGCUGGUGCAAGGCAGCUGGGCCACAGAGGCGUGCAGCAUGCACCACCGCCAGCAGCUACAGUGCUGUCCAGGAGACCCCAGUAGGAACUAAGAAGCUGCAGCUGGGCUCCAGUGAGGCCUCAGGUCCCACAGCAGCUGGGUCCUUGCAUUGCCAGCAAGAGCCCCACUUCAGUGUGCUCUGAGGAGCCCUGCCUGGCCCCUGACUCCACUCCCUGUGUUGACUUGCUCGCUGGUCUGGUUGAUAUCUUCUCUGAGCGCUAGUGAAUUGCCAGGAGAGGGACAGACAGCACAUUGCUUACAGGUCACCAGAGGUCCCUUUACCAUGAAGGAGGACACUGGAAUGUUUUCAGCUGGAUCCUGUGUGGGUAGUUCUCUACUCCGAAGGAUGCUGCUGGGAACAGAGAGGAAGCUGGAGGUCCAGUCUUCACCUCCUGUAUGAUCAAAACCUUUCAUCUGUUUCCAUUCAUUACUUUAAGCAUCUUUUGGGGCGGUUCUUAUUGAAGGACUGUGCUUCCAGGUUUUGAUCACGUCUGUCCCUUGGUGAGACCACGCGCACAGGUUUUAAAUGUGGUCAUUGGACAGUGGGGGUUACAUACAAUGGGUGUCCAGCCAGUCACACUGGCAGCCAGGGCUGCUCCAUGAUGUUCAUCACUGGCCCCAGCGCCCCUUCCAGUCUUCCAUUAAGGUGGGCAGCCCUGUAAGAGAGCCCACCAAGCAAGCUCACCCACCACAGAUGUUCUUGAAGGAGACCAUUUUGUCUUCCCCACCAGCACCAAGAAGCUGCCUCCACCUCCUUGGCCCCAAAUGUGCAAGCCUGGCUCUCUGGACCCACUGUGCCAGUGGCUAUCCUAAAUGGUAUGUCUUUACUUGGAGGCACACUGUCGGCUCAAGAGAUGUCAGGAAAAGCUUCUCCUGGGAGCCAGCUCCAUCACUGCCUACAGGACUACUGGCUGAGCCCGAGGACAGCAGGCCUCCACGUCCCAUACCGUAAAUGGGAUCAGUGACCCUACCUUGGUCCUGGGACCUCAAAGCUGAGGGACACUGUAGCAAACAUGUUUCAACAAGCAGGAGUGGCCACUCUGGGACUGGAGACCUCAGGAAGGCAGGAACUGGGGGAUGCUUGCAUGUGUAUGUGCGCGGGCGGGGGGUAGGGGCAAUGGUAGUUGGACCAGGUGAUUCAGCCUACUCACACAGCUUCUGCCUUUCUGGCUGGAUGUGGUCCUAGUGACUCAUCCCUGCUCUAGAGACCUGGGGUACUCCAAAGUAGAUGUGGCUUUUUAGGGGUUCUGAUUGCUGAGUCUGGUCUGGUGGGGUAGGACAUUUAGAACCUCAUGGGGGAAGAAAGGGCCUUACCAAGGGGAAAUACAAAGGUUGGAGGCCACCCAGGGCAGCUGGAGCCCUUGCGGUGUCCCCAUGCUGUAGUCUCCAGCCUGAGAGGCACGUCUCUGGAAGCCCACACACCAGGCUGGCUGUCCUGGGGCAGGGCUUGCUCCACCCUCUACCUGAGCCAGCUGUUCCUGCCAUCUUUUGAUGACCCUGUGACUUAAGACCAUGGUGUUCUUCCUUACCACACCCAUGUGACAUGCAUGUGUCCCCUGGCUGAUGUGGUUGGACAGACCUGAUCCUUAUGUGCCCUGUCUCCUCCAUCAUUAUCUGAGAUCAGAGCUUCUGUCCACUGUGAUGUAGUCAAAUGUGGGGACAAACAUGGAGGUAUGGCAAGACAGGUCCAGCCAUGGUCUCUCAUGCUGCCUGCUCUGCCUGUGUGAGCGGCAAGCACCACACCACCCAGCUGUAUGACCUCUCUCUAUGACUGUGGCCUGAACAAAACAUUGCUGACAUCAGACACACCAACUGUUUUCCUGGUCUAUCUUAUGCUAACUGCUCCCUGGAAGCACAACAUUAUCCCUAGCAUGGCUGCAUGGCAUCUGUUGGAGGUAUGUGGCAGCCAUCACCUCACCUCACCUCACCACAGCUUACACCGGCCUGUGCUUUAGGAAAGCUAGUCCAUGAUGCUGACAGCCAGGUGAUGGAACCCACAGGUAUGGAUGAUGCCUGUUGACUCAACUCUAUACACUGUCCCUACCCCCGGGUCCCCCAGGGGCACCUGAGCACUGUCUUGGCCCUUCCUGAAAAACUCUCUCCUAGUGUUCUUGCACCACCUCGAGAAGGAAUUCAAACAGCUCACAAAUGGUCGUAGCAGAAGCUAAACUGAGCUGCAUCCCCAGACCCAGUGAAAUUUCAUGGAAAGAAUGCAAGGCAGUCAAGACAGGAGUCAUGAGGAGGCUCUUUCCUUGUCCUAAACUUUUCCCUCCUGACCCCAAGGUGGAGUUCCGAAGUUUGAUAACUUCAAGAGCCAUGUGACUUGCUGUCCAUUGCACAUUGCACAUUGCCUAGAAGUUACCUGUAAAGUCCAUCAGGGGUCAGAAUGGCAAUGACAAUGACAUAGUUGAGUGAGCUUUAGUUCACUGGAGCUGGGGUCUGGCUGGUUGAAUCUAGUUCUUUCCUUAUUGUAUGUAUCAGAGGCAGCUAAAGCAUCCUUACUCCAGAAGCUGCAAGUAUAAAAUGAUAUAUUCCCAGAAUCCUGAAUUUUAACCCCUUCUUUGUUUUGUUUUUUGAGACAGGGUUUCUCUGUAAAAUAG